AUGUUACGGAAACUUCUCAACAAACCUAUCGGCGUAUUGUUUGGAGGUGGCAACAACGAAGCACCUCCAGUCGUUGCAAAAAUAAGCGGCGGAGUUGUUGCAAAAACAAGCGGCGGAGUUGUUGCGACAGACAUGGCGACUGUUGAAGCGCGCGAGAGCCUUGUAGCCGACCACACUCAAAAACAUCGCGACCAACCUGUCGAUGAGAACAAUGACAGCAGUCCCUCAACGCGCCACGAGCCCUCAUUGCCUGAUCAAGUGCCUACGCUCGAGACGGAUCUUGUCAGUAACCAGGUUCCGAGUGCUUCAUUACAGCAGAGCGCGAACAGGAGUGUGCCAGAUAAGUGCAGUGUACGGCAGUCAUCUGUUAAUGCCAGGCUGAGUGACUCGGUCGACAGAGAGGUUCAUCGCGAUGAUGCUGUUCCCCAUAGGGAAAGUAGGGUUGGCGAAGUUCCGAAUAUUCUCGAGGCGAAUGACAGAACACUCGACGCUGAGCUGCCGGUGGGUGAGUUGUUGAGAGAACAUUCACUCGAUGAUAGUCCGGAGAUAUACCAGUUGUCACCAACGUGUCAAACUUCGCUUGCGUUGCUAUACCUGGCUCAACAGAAGGCCUCUGAGACUCGAGAUUUCAAGGACCUCAUGAUGGAAGUCUCCGGGUUACAGGACAUUGCUAUCACUGGCAAACGCUCCGCAGAAGCUCAGCACGUGGAGGAUACUAGUGAGACAACGGAGUGGAAGAACGUUCAGAAGCGGCACUGCCAGGCUGUUGCACUCGCUCUGAUUGGUGAGGAGAUCGACAGCGGCGACUGCAUCAAACAGUCGGACGACGAGGCUCGUAGCGCAGUGGUAACUGAGCACAGACAGGAUGAGCACGUUGACGGGGAAGCCAAUUACGUGAUUCUUAAAACUUUACAAGAACUACUUGUAAGCGAUGGACACGUGAGUGCUGAGGGCUUGAGUGAUAAAACUAGUCAAACAGGUAGUAAAAGAAGUGAGGACAGACCUUUGGGUGGCGUUCACGAGACCGUUGAGUGUGUUGAGGAGAAAGAUUCAGUUAUUGAGGACAAAAUCACUGGUGAUACAACUGAGCAAAGCGAUAGAGAGAAGCGCUUGGUGGGUCUAAAUGUGGUCGAUGAUUGCGUAUCUAGUGAGACUGUUGCUGGUGAUGAAUAUGAGGUAGCCGAUGUAAUUGUUAUGGAGAAGGCGCACAAGGUAAACGCAGCCGGCAAGCAGGUGGUAGAUAAACAAGAUACAGAUCAUUGUGAUACGGAGAAUAACUUAGAUGAGAAACAAGUGGCUGAUGAAAAGACUCGGCACGUACGCGAGGAGUACUUGGGCCGUGGGCAUGAGGUGAAGGUCAACUCAGGUGCAAUCGCGGAUGAGGAUCCUGCAUGUACGAAUGAUGUGGUACCGUCGAAGCCCAGUCAACUAUGCGCUGCAAAUGCCGACGGGACAGAUGCUGGUGCAACCGGCAGCUUGUCACCUACACACAGUUGUCAGUCUUCAGUUGCUACCGAGACCAUCACAAACGAGUUUCUCGAGGCGACAACUAGUGCACACCCCACAGAUACAGCACAGGUCACAAGCAACUCACAGGCGGGGUCUACACAUCUUCAGGCGUCUAGUGAUAUAAAGGCAGAAGUCACUCUAUUGCGCGACCAAAGCCGCAAUUCCGAGUGUCCCUCUGAGGUGGCUACUACCAAUGAGUCCGACUCAAGUUUCCUUUACACCAGCGGCUUCAGCAGCUCGCAAGGAUCGGAAUCAGAAGCUAUGUACCAUCAAUUGGAAUUGUACGAGGCAAACAAUCACACUCAACAACACCCAAACACUAGCACUCUAACGGCCCGGCGCAUUGCAGCCAUUAGACGCAUCGACUCAAAAGCCGCUACGUUGACCUUUCCGCGCCUGGACGAGCAAUUCUGGAUUGACGUCGACCCAAUUCUACUUCAAUACAAGCUCCAUCUGGAAAGUGCCGAGGUGACUGAGUUUCUAGAGAGUGAUCUAGGCACUCCAUUUGACAAGUACCUGCUGGUGGCUGUGUUUGUGUACUAUGUGAGGGCUCAUCUGCUCACGCCUACGCUGCUGGACUUCUUCUGUCUUCUGCACUUGGCAUCUGAUAUGGAGGAGGAUGACCGAACCUUCCGCGACAACAUCGUGGACUACAUUUUGGAGCCGUACUAUAGUGGGUCACGGACACACCCCCACAGUGCCACAAAAGGCGAACACACCAACCACUUCAGAGUGAAUACUGUGAACUCGUUCUUCGCGCACAAGCACACGCUGUGCCAGCGCAUUGGUUGGAGCACAUGUGUUAGUCAGAUUGUGUGCUCAGCCGUCUUUCUGCGCUGUGAGUUUCCGGUCCUCGACUGCCGCAACCGCACUGUGCGUAAUCCGGACCGGUCCGUCUGCUGGACUGCGCGUGUACCGCAACACUUCCCGUCGCUCAGCUACGAAUAUCGGAAGCCUCUGGCACCCUGUGCGAAGGUGCCACAGUCACCAG